UUGAAUCAGACCGCUGUUAUUUCCCUACCGUGUGAGCGUCGAUUCACGGGCAGACAAGCCGCUUGUUUAAUCGACUUUCUGUUUGUUUAUCGCCACAGUUUCCCACGGAGUGCUGUUGCGUGUUUAAUAGGCGGUGUUAAAGAUGUCCAGGAGGCGACACAGCGAUGAGAAUGACGGUGGCCAAGCUCACAAGAGGAGGAGAACAUCUGAGCCCAUCGAGAUAGAAGAUCGCCUGGAGUCGCUGAUAUGUCGAGUAGGAGAAAAGAGCACUUCUUCCCUCGAGAGCAACCUGGAGGGCCUCGCAGGUGUCUUGGAGGCAGACCUUCCGAACUACAAGAACAAAAUCCUGCGUAUUUUAUGCGCCGUCGCUCGCCUGCUGCCGGAGAAGCUCACCGUCUACACAACUCUAGUCGGCCUCCUCAACGCCAGGAACUACAACUUUGGGGGCGAGUUUGUAGAGGCGAUGAUCAGGCAGCUGAAGGAGACAUUAAAAAACAACCUCUACAAUGAAGCAGUUUACUUGGUGCGCUUUCUGUCCGAUUUGGUCAACUGUCAUGUCAUUGCUGCCCCAUCUAUGGUGGUAAUGUUUGAAAAUUUUGUCAGUGUGACUCAGGAGGAAGACGUGCCACAGGUUCGAUCGGACUGGUUUGUGUAUGUGGUUCUGUCCUGUCUUCCCUGGGUCGGUAAGGAGCUUUAUGAGAAGAAGGACGUUGAGAUGGACCGGCUCCUCAGUCAGAUUGAAGGCUACCUCAAGAGGAGAGUGAAGACUCACGUCCCCAUGCUGCAGGUGUGGACAGCAGAGAAGCCCCACCCACAGGAAGAGUACCUGGACUGCCUGUGGGCCCAGAUCCAGAAGCUGAAGAAAGACCGCUGGCAGGAGCGCCACAUCCUCCGUCCGUACAUCGCCUUCGACAGCGUGCUCUGCGAGGCCCUGCAGCACAACCUGCCCCCCUUCACCCCGCCGGGACACAUGCCCGACGCCCAGUACCCCAUCCCCCGGGUCAUCUUCCGCAUGUUUGACUACACCGAUGCCCCGGAGGGUCCCGUCAUGCCAGGCAGCCACUCUGUGGAGAGGUUUGUGAUUGAAGAGAACCUGCACCAUAUCAUCAAAACUCACUGGAGAGAGAGGAAAACAUGUGCUGCGCAGUUACUCAGUUACCCCGGGAAAAACAAGAUCCCGCUCAACUAUCACAUCGUGGAGGUGAUCUUCGGAGAACUUUUCCAGCUGCCGUUGCCGCCCCAGAUUGACGUCAUGUACACUACGCUUCUCAUUGAGCUCUGCAAACUGCAGCCGGGGUCGCUCCCCCAAGUUCUGGCCCAGGCCACAGAGAUGCUUUACAUGAGACUGGACACCAUGAACACCACCUGCAUAGACAGAUUCAUCAAUUGGUUUUCCCACCAUCUGAGCAACUUCCAGUUCCGAUGGAGCUGGGAUGACUGGGCAGACUGCUUGACUCUGGAUCUAGACAAGCCAAAGCCCAAGUUUGUCAAAGAGGUCCUUGAGAAGUCGAUGAGACUUUCGUACCAUCAGAGGAUUGUGGACAUCGUCCCUCCAACGUUCUCGGCCCUCAUCCCAGCUGAUCCCAUCUUUUCUUUCAAAUACGGGGAUGAGAGUGGCUCCUCGUUACCAGGUUACCCGGUUUCCGUUAACGUUUCCAACGCGAUAAAGAACCGAGCCUCCAACGAGGAAAUCCUCACCAUCCUCAAAGAAGUCCCCAACCCCAACCAGGAGGAUGACGACGAUGAGGGCGAAACCUUCAACCCGCUGAAGAUCGACGUGUUUCUGCAAACCCUUCUCCAUCUGGCAGCUAAAUCCUUCAGCCACUCCUUCAGCGCGCUCGGCAAGUUUCAUGAGAUCCUUAAAGCCCUGACGGAAAGCGACGACGGGAAGCUGCACAUCCUUAAAGUGGUGUACGAAGUGUGGAGGAACCAUCCGCAGAUGAUCGCUCAGUUGGUGGAUAAAAUGAUCCGGACACAGAUCGUGGAUUGUGCCGCCGUGGCCAACUGGCUCUUCUCUCAGGACAUGGCUCACGAGUUCACCAGACUUUUCAUCUGGGAGAUCCUGCACUCAACCAUCCGAAAGAUGAACAAACACGUGCAGAAGAUCCAGAAGGAGCUGGAGGAAGCUAAAGACAAGCUGGAGAAACAGCAGCACAAGCGGCGGGACAGCGGGGACGACGAGGACAUGGAGAAAAACAGCGAGGAGGACGAUGAGGGUCAGCUGGAGGAGCAGAUCGAGAAGCUGCAGGAGAAGGUGGAGUCGGCUCAGAGCGAGCAGAAGAACCUCUUCCUCGUCAUCUUCCAGCGUUUCAUCAUGCUGCUGACGGAGCACCUCGUCCGCUGUGAGACGGGCAGCGUUGACGUCAGCACGCCCUGGUAUAAGAACUGCAUCGAGCGGCUCCAGCAGGUCUUCCUCAUGCACCAUGGAACCAUCCAGCAGUAUAUGGGAACGCUGGAGAACCUGCUGUUCACCGCUGAGCUCGACCCCCACAUCCUGGCCGUCUACCAGCAGUUCUGCGCCCUGCAGCUCUGAGAUGAAACUCUUGUUCACACAUAAUUUAACAAAGUGACGAGUUAGAAACUACCAGCUCUUGCAUCAAGAAUCUCCUCUUCAGACUUUUUUUAUUUUUUUUAUUUAACUGUUUUGUGUUCGUUGCCAACGUAGUCAGUCACAUGCAGCCAGAACUGAAUACGUCUGUCAGAGUAGGUCUCUCCGGCAGGACUCCUUCGUUAGUUUACAGUAACGGUCAAUUUUAUUUUCUUGUUUUUAUUUUUAAUUUUUUUUUUCUGCUUUUGGGUUUAGAUGACUUUUACCUGCUGCUCGUGUUCUUAUGAAUGGAUAUUUUUUAAAACUACACGAACUGUCUGGGUCCAGACAGAGCAGAAGAAACGAUCAUAGGAUAGAAGACCGAAUCCAGAGAAUGCUCUACUUUUUUAUAUUUGUUUUAUGUGGAAUUAGGAAGUGAAUAAAACUCCAAAGUCUUUACCCACC